UUUAAUUGGUUUGGCGCAGUUUCCACAAGCAAUUGGUACAUUUUCAAAACUCUUCGUACUUAUAUCGCAACAGAUCAUCAAAAGUGCACCUUUUUCAAACAUUUCAGCAUAUUUCCAAUUGUGUUAGUACAAUACACAUAAUGGCAAAAUAUCCUUUUCACUACACAAAAUAAGUGUUUCAUCUAAAUAAAUGUUUCGUUCACAGUUACUGCCUUUCAUAAUGUUAUCCCUAUAAAAUUUUUGAUUUGCAUCUCUUAUCAUUCAGUUUAAUACAUUUGUCUGUCAUUCAAUUCAACUGAUCUUAAUGUUUAAUCAAUGAAUCAUUCAUUAUGUCCAUGGAUUUUCAACUUGACUGAUUGUUGUCUGGUCAUUUGUAAGUUACACAUUGCUGCAAGAGCUUUCAAUCUAGAAAUACUAAUUGCUAAUUGUUUCCCCUGAUGAUCACAAUUAGUUACCAUAUAAGUAGAACUGUGUUUGAGACUUUGCACUGUUCAAAUAUGGAGCAGGAUAGACUCGUAGGGAGAGGAAACCUUCAUCGAAGAGGUGGUGGUGCUCCUCGACAGAGAGGUGGGCACAGACAAAGAGGAAGAGGUGGUGGUGCUCCUCGACAGAGAGGUGGGCACAGACAAAGAGGAAGAGGUGGUGGUGCUCAACGCACCAUCAUCUCUAAUGAAGUCCGGGCCAUCAUUGUUGACCAUGUGGUUAACAGAGGCUUUACCAUGGCUGAGGCUGCCAGGUUGGUACAGCCUAAUUUACAAAGGUCAACUGUCAGCUCUAUCAUCCAAACUUUUCGCCAAGAAAACCGAAUUAACAGGAGACAACCUGGUGGUGGUCGCCCACGUGUUUUGACUGACCAGCAGGAGUUGGCUGUGGUGGAAAUGGUCAGGGCAAGGAAUGACAUACGGCUGUCUGAAAUCAAACAGGCUAUUGAGAACAGCAAUGACACCUUUGCCAAUGUGCCAUCAAUUAGCCUUCCAACGAUUGCCCGGCUUUUGAAGAAGCACCAAGUUUCCAUGAAACAAAUUUACUUGGUUCCUUUUGAGAGGAACAAUGUCCGGGUGAAACAACUGCGUUCAGAAUAUAUUCAGAGGGUGAUGGAGCUGGACGCUGCUGUGAAUCAUCACAAGUAUAUUUUUCGUUGA